AUGUCAUCUGACACUGAUGCGGAGGUUAUUCAACAAAAGGCUGCUGUAUUGGCUGAAGUAACACAAGAACACAAAUUAAAUCAUGUUGAAAAUCCACCAACUGAAUUAUUAUCGACGACACAAGCAAAAGUAUUAAUUGAAGUAGCUGGUAAGCAUAAUUUACACCAUGUUGAAAAUCCACCAACUGAAUUAUUAUCGACGACACAAGCAAAAGUAUUAAUUGAAGUAGCUGGUAAGCAUAAUUUACAUCAUGUUGAAAGUCCACCGUCGGGUGACUUAACUGAAGCUGAAAAACAAGCUUAUAUUGAAGAACAACAAACCAAAGAAUAA